GGGCAUGACUGCUUGCCGGUAGGCGGACCGCCGUGCUCAGUGUGUCUCCACAGGGCUGACUGGAGCCGUCCUCCCCGCACCGCCGAUUGUGAUCCCAGCUGAGACAAGGGUCGGUUUUCUUGGGACGGAGAGGAGAGGGGUGUGGAGGGGGUCGAAGGGGAAGAGGAGGAGAAACAAGGGAGAGGAGGGGGGAGAAAACCACUAAGAAAAUAAUGAUCAACAUCAUGGACUGUGCGGUGGACGCGCAAAGCCUGAUCUCCAUUUCUUUACGGAAGAUCCACAGCUCCAGGACGCAGAGAGGGGGCAUCAAGCUGCACAAAAACCUGCUGGUCUCCUGCGUGCUGAGGAACGCCAGGCAGGUCUACGUGAGCGAGAAAUACGCCGAGAUCUACCGGAUGCAGCAGUACAGGGAGGUGAUGACCAUCUGCAGCGGCAUCCAGGAGCUCAACCCGGCGGACCUUUACAGAGGGGACGACUGCGAGCAGAGCGCGGACUGCGGCGGCGAGGCGGCGAGUCUGUGCGGCUCUUUGCAGCCUGCGUGCCCGGCGCACAUCCCGACCUCCAGCGGCUGCUCGAUCCUGCAGGACGGCUGCAAGGAAACGGAGCCGCCGUACUACCGAAGCUGCUGCAUGGAGGCUUAUUCUGGGUCAAACUGUGAUCACUCGCCUGCAAACAGCAGCAGCAGCAGCAGCAGCAUGCACUGCAACAAAACCACCGUGCUGGAUUUGGACACGCAUGUAGUGACCACGGUGGAUAAUGGAUACCUCCACCAGGACUGCUGCCAGAGCGCACAGUCUCCGGCCAAGAAGCGAAAGGUUGACUUUGGCUAUUACAUGUCGGAUGUGGAAGAAGUGCCGGACUUUGUGCCGGGCUGCAAAAGAGCAAAAACGGAGGAGUGCUUGUAUGCCUGUGGGGAGCACCUCGACACGUCCCACAUCUCCAACCUGAUCUCCAUGUUUGGCUCGGGGUUUUCGGGGCUGGUGAGCAGACAGGCGGAGCAGUUCUGUAGCAAACAAGCCCUGGCAAGCCUCGGGGCAUGGACUAGAGCCAUUGUGGCAUUUUGAGACUGAAGGAACAGAAAAUCCCCCAAAAGCAUUUGAUCAAAAGUGUAAAAAGACUGAAUCAAAAUUAUUUUUGCAAGAAAAAUGCUAUUUAAAUAUAGAGCAGUUUUGUUUUGUUGCCGGGAGGGGAAAGAAAGGUUGUUGUAUGUUCUGUGAAGCCUCUCCUUUUUUGUUAAAGGGAAAUGUUUGUCUAAAGAACACAUUUUAGUAGGCCCUGUGUAAUCUGAAAUUGGAUUGGAGUGUAAUUGAAACGGAUUAUACUUACUUGCCUUAGACCUAAAGCACUCCCAGCGAGUUGUUGUCAACACUGAGAGCACAUUGAAAAUGGCAGGAUGUUGAUGAAGCUACAGCAUUCACUUGAGGGAAAAAAAAAAAAAAAAACAGCUGUUUUUUUUUAAAAUUAUUAUUAACAAGAUAAUAUUCUCAUUAAUUCAGAAAAAAAACAGCAUUUUCUCCAUGAAAAGGUGUAUGAGAAUUCAGAAAUAAUUAUCACAUAAAUUCAGCAAGACAUUUGUUUUCCCAUUUACCAUUUUUCUCAGAAUUCAGGUGUAAUUAUCUCAUGACUUCAGAAAAAACAGGGCACAUGUUUUCCCUAGAAAGUCUCUUUUCAGAGUAUUUUGUCUUAUUACAAGACAGUGUGUACUAGACUAAGACACCAAUGUGGCCCAGUGUGUUCAAAGAUGCCUUUACUUUGCUCCAUAACAAGAUGAAACAAAAAAAUGUCCCGCUAUUUCUGAGAGAAGAACAAUGUCCAGCACUCGGCUUUCCCUCCUGAACUCUUUUUAGGUGUAUUAACUAAUGCAGCAUUAAUGUGGUGUUGGGUUUAUUGUAUAUUCCAGUUUCUGAGCAGUAAGUGCACAUGAACGCCUUGUCAAAGUUAUACAAUCAAAUCGGGUAAUCGGAUUCUCCCGGUUUCCCUUUUUGAAUAACGAAUGCUGACUACCGCCACCUGCUGGUAGGGAGAGAUAUUUCCUCUCAUGCAGGCCUAGAGCACACAGGCUAGCUGACUGUUGGCUGUAGUCUUUGCGAUGUGUUUGCGAAGUGCAACUUUUUGACCCAAACGCAGAUGACGUGAAGCGACGCAGCAGUCGGCCUUCGUCGCUGCUAGUCCUUCGAUGUGGGAUUGGUGUGUCUGGGCCUUAACAUGAAUCGGCCAAAUUGUGACGUUUCAAAAUGUCAGCUCACUGUGCUGAGCUCUCUAAUAUACCUCAAUGAGCCACAGCUAAAAAAACAUAAAGUCAUGUUUUAUGUAUUUAGUUGCCCCCAGUGCUUUGUUUUCUGCUAUGUUUGUUUCAAUAAAACUGAGAAAAUUUUCA